CGGCACGGUGUUAGCCCUUCUCCCCGGGGAGUGACCGCUCGCCCCUCACUUCAUCACCACACGAGUCGGAGGAAAGGAUCGCUGCUGCUUGUAUAUGUCCUGAUCUGUAGAUGGGCAGAGACCGGUCAGCGAGCCGGGCAGGGCGACUGCUACAGCAUAGUGCUGACUGCGGGACUGUAGGCUUUCUGGCUGCAGAGUGGUAGGGCAUGGUCCAAGGCGAAGAAGCACAGUUUAUUUAAAAAAGGAAGUGUCGUUUUGAGAGAAUGCCCAGCAACCUAUUGAAGCUCAGCUCUUCCAGCAUGGAAUCGGAUUUCCAUAACCGCAGUGACUUUGAGAGAAGUAGCAGUUUUGAUAGUCAAGGCAGCCACCAUUCCAGGUCUAGAAGUUCUACUUUUGAUGAUGAGAACCUGAAAUAUCUAACAAACGAGGAAAAGAAUGCACUAAUGUUUUUGGAGGAAACGUUGGAUGCUUUUGAAGAUGACCUAGAGGAACCAUCACUUUCUCGUAAUUCAAGCCUUGGCUAUUAUUCUCCUAGAUCAAUAGAAGAUAGUCACUCUGACACUGAUGACAUCAUUGAUCUUGUGCAGUCUGAGCACAAUCAUGUUGGGAACUCUCCACCAGAUUCUGGUAUUGGACUGAGCCCCAGUGGUUGGAAUCGUGCACAAAAGGAGACUGCAAUUUCAGAGUCGGCUGCUACAAGUUUAUCUGUGUCUAUUCCAACUGGUGAAACACAGAAGGUCAGUGGGAAUUUCUCUCCUGAGCUACCGGCAGGACAUCCAAAACCUCCUGGUGGUAUUCCAACCCCUGUAAUUAUUGCUCAAAAGAUUUUAGAGAAGAAAUCUGACAAUGCAAAUAUGUCUCCAUUGUCACCCAAUGAGGAUAAAUCACUAGAAUUGAAAAAGAGUGUUUCAACCUCGCCUAUCAAUGAAGGCCAUUUUGUAUUCCCUGGAUCACCAAAUACCAAAACUGCCCGUUUUCCAAACAACAUAAAUAUUAAACUUGUUGGGAAACAAUAUAAUAAAACUAUUGCCAAGGCAGCAGUUAAUGUACAGGAACGGAAAGCUCAAGUACUGGCCAAUUUACAUAGAUCUGCAUUAUUUGAUGAAAUUGAUGGGAAAAAUAACCAUGAAUCACUGGGUAGGAGGACUUCAUUUCGGGAUGUGGCAUCUGAGCAGACCAGGUAUGAAGCCCUGACCAAACUUGGCUUGGUGAAGGAAAUUCCAGUUCAAGCUGACAUCCCUUCAGCUGGCCUAUCUCCGGUCUCAAAUGGUCAACACUCGCCAAAGUUCUUGCCUCCAGAACCAAAUAGGAGGCUUUCAAAUGAGCAUGAAAAUAUUAACAACAUCUUGAUGAGCGAACCUAGUAGCUUUGUUCCUUUGGGGAAAACUGUUGUUAUUAAAGGAGAAGUUACGUCGUCUUCACAAAAAAACAAACCACAGUCACAAUUUCCACAUGAGCAAAAGCAGCCAAAUGCCCAUCAGGACGUCCGAAGAGCUUAUUCCAUGCCAAGACCUGCUAGUUUUUGGCAUCAGGGGAUUACGGUACAGUUCUCUGGACGUGACUCUUCUGAGGAGACUAGAAGAGAUGCUUUGCGGAGACUUGGCCUACUGAAAGAGUUACCUGGACACUGAGACUGUGCUACAUUUCUAAAUAGCAGGCAUUGAUGAAGAUCACAUAAGACUGUUGUUUUGUGUAUAAUAUACAAACUAAUUUUUCAAAGCAUAUAGGUUGCACUAAGCAUAGUCUUGCAGGCUCUGAAGCAAAAAUGUGUUAGAUGUGUAUAGUUAUGUACAUUAUAUGUGUGUGCAUGUAAUUAUGGUAUAUAUGAAGGUUUGUAUGUGUUAAUUAUAUAUAUAUAUUUUUUUUUAUGUAAUUAAACUUCAGGAUUGAAAACACACACACAUUCUCUUACAAAAUUGUUGUUUUAGCAGUGCUUUUGAAAUGGUGAAUUAAAAAUGGGAAACUUGUUUCCAUGGAACCAUUAAUAUAAAUUUUGGUAUUUUAUUUUAUUUGUUGCAGUUUAUAACCUGACAAAAUGUUUAGAAGUGGUUAGAGUAGAAAUUAUUCUAGAUAGAUUUGUAUCUUUCUAAUCUUAAAUUGUUUUAAUGAAACUUCUGUUUCAAGCUGGAAAUUAAAUCAAUG